GUGAGUUUCUGCUUCAGAGGAACGUUGGAGGCGUUUGCGGGGAGACGUUCCUUCAUCCGGGCAAUUAACGGCUAAUUGGGCUAGUCAGACUCAUCCAUCACGGUUCUAACGAGCAGGUUACCGGACCCCGGAGAUCCAAGCAGCAUCCGAACCGGACCCAGGAAGCGGACAGACAUGUCAGACAGCGCCGGUUGCGAGUUCGAAAUCGACGUGGAGAGUCUGGAGAGCGACGAGGCGGAGUCCAGCAGCCGGCCCGGCUCCGCGCCGCUCGGGCCCGCCGCCUCCGAGGACGAUGGAGACGACAAGCCGGGCCCCAGCGGCCUGAGCUCAGGGGACCAGAGGAAGCUGAGCCGGACUCCGAAGUGCGCUCGGUGCCGGAACCACGGCGUGGUGUCCUGUCUGAAGGGACACAAGCGGUUCUGCCGCUGGAGGGACUGCCAGUGUGCCAACUGCCUGCUGGUGGUGGAGCGGCAGCGGGUGAUGGCGGCCCAGGUGGCCCUGAGGAGGCAGCAAGCCACGGAGGAUAAGAAAGGAAUCUCCAAACAGAUCCCAGCAGAGAGGAGGAUUUACCAGCGGCACAUCCGACCGUCCACCAUGCUCGCCAAGAGCAUCCUCGAAGGGUACCGUCCAGUCCAGCCCGACCCGUUCCUGGCAGCCAACACCACCCUUCCUCCACCGCUGAGCGACCGGAUGAGGAAGAGGAGGGCCUUUGCUGAUAAGGAGCUGGAGACCAUCAUGCUGGAGCGCGAGUACAAAGAGCGGGAGCUGAUGGAGAGCAGCCAGGCAGUCCCGGGAACGCUGGUCUUCCCAAACGGGAUGGUCCAUCACACUGCAGACUACAACUCCUAUAAGACGUCCUUUGCUCCGGCGGCUCAGGUGGAGCCGCAGCCCAAAGAGCUGUGUGGCUUCCUGGGCCCCAACUGCCUGGACCUGUCCAUGCAGUACCCGUCCGGCUCUAACGUGGAGCUCAUCUCCUCCAACGUCAGCGUGGCCACAACCUACCGCCAUUACCCGCUGCAGCCGUCACGGGGCGGCUUCGUGAUGUGGCCCCGCGGCGCCGCCAGCCUGGGUGACGCUCUGCUCUACCAGCAGUGUCUGUUCAACGCCACGGCCGUGCAGAACAUGAAGCCCGGUUCUGUGUGGGAGCCCAAAGCCAUGCCCACCGAGAGCCAGCCUCCUGACCCCGAGGCCGUCCUCGCCGCCAAGCUGGAAGGGUCCCGAGCUGCGUCUCUGCAGGACUCGCUGGAUUUCCAGCGGCCUGAUCCGAAGCCCCCCAGCGUGGCUCAGGCGGGGCAGAAGGAGUGCUCGGCCUUCUCUCCUCCCAAGCUUUCCGUGAAACUCAACUCCUUCCACUCCCUCCUGCACUCACGGACCGAGAAAGCCCCCGGGCCCGGCAGAACCGGGCCAGAGAUCAGAGCUCCGUACUGUAAAGAGCUCCUGGAGGAGGCGGCCCGCAAGUUAAGGGAGGGCGCCGCCAAGGACAUUCAGGGGUUAAAGGUCACUGACCGCUAUGGAAAAGACUUUGCGAGCAAACCUGGCAACAAGAUGGCAGCCGGCGAGUCGCUCUCCUUCUCUGUGGAGGCCAUUCUGAAACGGCCGCCGCCCACCAUGAGCCGAGCAUUCCAGUAACUUUACGUUUGUUGCACUAAAGGUCAAAGGUCAGCUGUUUGGGAUGCAGUAAGAACAUCAGCGCUGUGGUCAGUUUGAAUGCUUUCUCUGUAAAAAUGAAUGUACAGUAUAUUCUAUUUGAUGCUGUUUUAUUGUUUGAUUAUUUAAACCAGCGUUUUCCUCUCGGUAAUAAACUUUAUACGAUUCAGAACUCUCGUGUGUCCGAAGGGAUUUCCUGCGUGUUUAAGGUUUGACAUGCUCGAGUUUCAUGAAGUGGUUUUAUUAUGGAGGCGAUGUUCUCCAACAGGCUGGAGGAUGUUCUAACAGGUUUCAGCACCAGCUCCGCCACGGAAGGGCUUGUCCACGCUCCGGGUUUAAUAAAAACAUUUUUAUUAUUGCUGCCAUGAAAUGGAUUUGGUUAUUUUUACACGAUUAAAACCUUUCAUCUUUUAUUCUUUAUUUUUCCUUAUGCAGAAAAAAAUAAUUACUUGGAAAAAAAAUCU